AUGGUCGCCAAUCGCCUCGCGUCCUUCUCCUCCUUCGGCGGCGAGCCCCGAACUGCGUUCUCGGCGACCGUUUUUCUUUUCCCUCGGCAAGUUGGGACUCCCAAGUCAGCACGAUACCUUCGACGUGCAGGUGAAGCCCAUCCCCCCCAAAAGCCAACCACCGAAGCUACCCCGCGGCAGCCCCUCCGCCGCUUUUCGGAAACGCUGGCGCCCACCACCUCCCCCACGCAGCGCCUGAGCCUGAUCUCCAGACACCUGGAUCAGCGUCUCCCGUUGCCCGAACUCAACACCCCCUUCUCGACCGAGAGACACUCACUGGCACCCGACGACGUGGAAUAUAAACCGAUCGACCGGUCCAUUCACCCACCUUCUGUUCCCCAAUCCCCCACCAUGUCGUCUCAACCCCCUCACAACACGCUGCUCAUCCCGGGCCCCAUUGAAUUUGAUGAUGCCGUUCUACAGUCCAUGUCCCACUAUGCUGAGAGUCAUGUCGCUCCCGGCUUUGUCAAGGUUUUUGGCGAGACCUUGACUCUUCUGCGCAAGCUGUUCCAGUCCACCAACCCCGCCGCUCAACCCUUCUUGAUCUCCGGUUCCGGCACCCUCGGAUGGGACUUGGUCGCAGCCAACCUGAUCGAGCGCGGCGAGAACGCUCUCGUCCUCAACACCGGCUACUUUGGCGACUCCUUCGGGGCCUGUUUGACGACGUACGGCGCCGAGGUGACCCACCUUCGUGCUCCCAUCGGCGACCGUCCGUCCUUUGAGGAUGUCGAGGCGGCGCUGAAAGAAAAGUUCUACAAGUUGGUGACUGUCACGCACGUCGACACUUCGACCGGUGUCCUGAAUGACAUCAAACGGGUCGCCGAGAUUGUCCGUCGGGUGAGCCCCGACACGCUCGUCAUCGUCGAUGGCGUGUGCAGUGUAGGCUCGGAAGAGAUUGCCUUUGAUGAAUGGGACCUCGAUGCCGUGAUCACCGCAUCGCAAAAGGCCAUCGGAUGUCCCCCCGGUCUGAGCAUCGUCUACUGCUCCGGACGCGCCAUCCAGAGCGCCCAAUCCCAAUUACGAGGCGUGCAAGCCCUCUUACUUUGCCACCCUCCCACGCAGCUGGUGCAUGCUCUGCACACAACCCUGAGCCAGAUCACCGCCCGCCCCAUGUCAGAGCGCUUUGCGGUGCAUACCGCCGCUUCCGAUAAGGUCAAGGCCGCCGUGGCCGAGAUCGGUCUGUCUCAGGUGGCGUCCCGGCGCGAAUGUCAGGCGCACGGCAUGACGGCCAUGUAUCUGCCGGACGGGCUGACCCCACCCGAUGUGCUGCCCGGUCUGCUGAAGCGCGGAGUCAUCUUCGCCGCCGGUCUCCACAAGGAGAUUGCCACCAAGUAUAUCCGAUUCGGUCACAUGGGCGUCAGCGUGAUGGAUCCCGAGCGCCAGGACAUUGACAAGGCUCUGAAGGCGUUGAAGGAGGCUCUAGCUGAGGCCAAGCAGGCCAAGGGACUGUGA